UCUUCAGAGCAGAGAGGAAGGGCAGAAGGUGAUCUAGGCAGAGUAUAUUCGUAGCGAAGUUCGGAAAUGAAACGUAACUAGGCGGACGAGAACUAGAUCCGCGUUCAUAAACCGAGAGCGACGUUCUUCACGUUGGACCAAGUGCGCGAGAGGAGAGAAAGAACAGAGCGCAGUGUUGGAGCAUAGUAGCUGAGACUAGUCCUCGUGUCAUAUCGUCUUGGAAGCGUCGUGAAGCAUCAGGAUGAGCGUGCACGUUGCGGAGAAGAAGGGCAACACGCUGAAAGGCACGAACGGGCUGAUCGCGGCGAUCGAGAACGAGGACGGCGACUGGCAAAAUGGACAGAACCUCUUGCUGGUCACGCAAGAGCCCCAGAGCAAGGAGAUGAUCGGCCUCGCGGACAAUCAGACCAUCAACGUGGCCAUCGACACCUACUGGUUGUUGGAACUCGCGCACAGGGAAUACCAGGCGGGAGAUUACGAGAACGCCGAGAGACACUGCAUGCAGCUAUGGCGACAGGAGACAAACAAUACCGGCGUUCUGCUGCUGUUGUCAUCCAUACAUUUUCAGUGUCGUAGGCUGGAUAAAUCGGCGCAUUACAGCAGCCUAGCAAUCAAGCAGAAUCCACUGUUGGCGGAGGCGUACAGCAAUUUAGGCAAUGUGUACAAAGAGCGUGGUCAACUGCCAGAAGCGUUGGAGAACUAUCGUCAUGCCGUUCGGCUGAAACCUGAUUUCAUCGACGGCUACAUCAACUUGGCCGCGGCGCUUGUGGCAGCUGGUGAUAUGGAGCAGGCCGUUCAAGCAUAUGUUACAGCACUGCAGUACAACCCCGACCUUUAUUGCGUGCGGAGCGAUCUUGGUAAUCUUUUGAAAGCAUUAGCAAGACUUGACGAAGCCAAGGCGUGCUACUUGAAGGCGAUCGAGACGCGACCGGACUUCGCGGUCGCCUGGAGCAACCUCGGAUGCGUGUUCAACGCUCAGGGCGAGAUAUGGCUGGCGAUACACCACUUCGAGAAAGCGGUUGCGUUGGAUCCGAAUUUUCUCGACGCCUACAUCAACCUUGGCAAUGUGCUGAAGGAAGCUCGUAUCUUCGACAGAGCUGUAGCGGCUUACCUGCGUGCAUUGAACCUCAGCCCCAACAAUGCGGUCGUCCAUGGAAAUUUGGCGUGCGUUUACUACGAGCAAGGGCUUAUCGAUUUGGCCAUCGACACAUAUCGGCGCGCUAUCGAGUUACAGCCCAACUUCCCAGAUGCGUACUGCAAUUUGGCGAACGCUCUCAAAGAAAAGGGCCAAGUGGUCGAAGCGGAAGAAUGUUACAAUACCGCCCUCCGGCUCUGCCCUACACAUGCUGAUUCUCUCAAUAACUUGGCCAACAUAAAACGCGAGCAGGGCUUCAUCGAGGAGGCAACUCGUUUGUAUCUCAAGGCUCUGGAAGUAUUUCCGGAAUUCGCGGCCGCCCACAGCAACCUCGCCUCCGUUCUGCAGCAACAAGGAAAACUAAAUGAGGCACUGAUGCAUUAUAAGGAAGCAAUUCGCAUACAACCGACUUUCGCCGAUGCUUAUUCAAAUAUGGGUAACACGUUGAAGGAAAUGCAGGAUAUCCAGGGUGCUUUGCAAUGUUACACGAGGGCGAUACAAAUCAAUCCGGCUUUCGCCGAUGCUCAUUCCAAUUUGGCAUCGAUCCACAAGGACUCCGGCAACAUUCCCGAAGCAAUUCAGUCCUAUAGAACCGCGCUGAAACUAAAGCCGGACUUCCCGGACGCCUAUUGCAAUCUAGCGCAUUGCCUGCAGAUAGUAUGCGACUGGACCGACUACGAAGCCAGAAUGAAGAAGCUGGUAUCCAUAGUUGCCGAACAGCUGGACAAGAAUAGAUUGCCCAGCGUGCAUCCGCAUCAUUCCAUGCUCUACCCGCUGUCGCACGAAUUCAGGAAGGCAAUCGCUGCUAGACACGCGAAUCUUUGCAUCGAGAAGAUUCAUGUGCUGCACAAACAACCGUACAAGUAUCCACGAGCGGUUGGAAUUCGAUUGAAGAUUGGUUACGUAUCGUCCGAUUUCGGCAAUCACCCGACUAGCCACCUGAUGCAAUCGAUCCCCGGUCUGCAUGACCGCGAGAAAGUCGAGAUAUUCUGCUACGCGCUAAGCAACGACGACGGCACGACCUUCCGCGCGAAGAUUGCGCGUGAGGCCGAGCACUUCGUUGACCUGUCGCAAGUUGCUUGCAACGGCAAAGCUGCCGAUCGCAUCAACGCGGACGGUAUCCAUAUUUUAGUGAACAUGAAUGGGUACACGAAGGGUGCUAGAAACGAGAUAUUCGCACUACGACCGGCACCGAUACAGGUCAUGUGGUUGGGUUAUCCUGGCACCUCUGGCGCCACUUUCAUGGAUUAUCUCAUCACGGACGAAGUCACCUCGCCGUUGGAGCUCGCCAAUCAAUACAGUGAGAAGCUCGCCUACAUGCCGCACACCUACUUCAUUGGGGAUCAUAAACAAAUGUUCCCACAUCUGAAGGAGCGCUUGAUCCUGACAGAUAAGUUGAACCAAAAGGGCAAAGUAGCGGACAAUGUGGCAGUGAUCAACGCUACCGAUCUUUCUCCGAUGAUCGAGAACACACUGGUGGCAGAGUUACCGACUACCACUCCGAUCGAGACAAUGAUUGCUUCGGGCCAAUGCCAGAUGUCCGUGAACGGUGUCGUUGUGCAAAACGGCAUGGCCACCACGCAAGUGAACAACAAAACUGCCACCGGCGAGGAGGUGCCUCAGAAUAUCGUCAUUACGACCAGGCAGCAAUAUGGUUUGCCCGAGGACGCCGUUGUGUACUGUAACUUCAAUCAAUUGUACAAAAUCGACCCUCUCACGCUUCAUAUGUGGGCGCAUAUUCUAAAGCAUGUGCCGAACUCCGUGUUAUGGUUACUCCGUUUUCCGGCGGUCGGUGAACCCAAUCUCCAGGCGACCGCACAACAGUUGGGUCUUGCACCAGGGAGGAUUCUCUUCAGCAAUGUCGCCGCCAAGGAAGAGCACGUAAGACGAGGCCAGUUGGCUGACGUAUGUUUAGACACUCCGCUCUGUAAUGGACACACGACGAGUAUGGAUGUUUUGUGGACUGGGACGCCAGUGGUCACGCUGCCGGGCGAGACUCUGGCUUCUCGCGUCGCCGCUAGUCAAUUGAAUACGCUUGGUUGUCCGGAAUUAGUGGCGCGUACGCGCCAAGAGUAUCAAGAUAUCGCCAUCAGGCUCGGCACCGAUAGAGAAUACUUGAAAGCCACUCGAGCUAAGGUUUGGAAGGCUCGAUCGGACAGUCCACUGUUCAACUGCAAGUUGUACGCGAUGGGUAUGGAGAUGCUGUACACGAAGAUGUGGGAGCGUCACGCGCACGGAGAAAGUCCCGACCACGUGUCGGCUGUCGAGAAGAACGACAGCCAAAAGUCGUCGAGCAUGUCCUAAAAGGUUUUACUUUUACGACACGCCUCACGAUCAUUCUACUCAGCUUCGACUCCUCGAUUAACGGUUUCUCUUUCCCGGAGACUUUAGCAUUUACACGAGCAACCACGGCUAAUAUCACAUUACUUCCACUCCAAAUCUCAUAUAAAUUUUCGUAUCUUCGCCGUUCCGACUCCGCUGUUUUUGUACGAUAAAUUCAUGGAGCUUAGGAUAGACAGUAGUAGACGUUGUAAUAUAUACCGCAUAUACAACAAGUCCCCGAGUACGUGUUGUUGAAAACGUCGAAAAGUCAUGAGUUGAUUUCGCACGAUAUAUCCGAGCAGUGCUCUCCUCUGUUGUUCUUGUUUAACUUUUCCUUUUGUAAAUAUUUCUUAUUUUUCUUCCGAGCACUUAUCGCAGAUCCUGUUGAGUUGAAUUUCCCGAGUAAGAGUAAGGUGACAAAUCUUAUUCGAAAACGCACGAAUUUAAAUAGAGAGAGAGAGAGAGAGAAUGUUAGAAAAAGAUCAAGAACACAGGGACAAUAUUGAAGAGGAGAUGGUUUGAAUGAUGUUAAUUGUAGAGAGAGGGACGCGCUAUAUGCGUUCCGUCUUCAAAUUUCCGCUUCUUUCUGAUUGUUACUUUUUCGCAGAAUAUGAUCUCAACGAUAUCCGUGGAACGAAGUCGACGCAUUAUUACUUGUCGAAUAUUUCCGUUACAUACUUGUUGUUAGCUGCAGCACUAGAAGAACGGCGAUCGGGACGAUAAGACGCUCGCAGGCUGCUAUCGUGACGGUGACCACUUACGUAUCUCCGGUAUCACUGACACCACUCGCGCGAUCGCGUUAUCGUCCCACGAUCAACGAUGAAUCGAAUGCAUUAAAUGAUCGACGACGCGAUCAAAUAACUCUUACUACCGACAGACUACUAACGCGUCACGACGUCGCCCUGGCGGAUCACGAACUGCGAUAGUCGAAUUGUCCAAGAAACCGAGGAGGAGAAGAGCUUUGAUGAUGUUCCCAAUCUGAAGUUUUAGGAACUACAUUAGAAAAAUCAAAGAUAAAAAGAAGUCCAGAAUUUGGAAGAAAAAUUAAAAAAAAAAUAUACACUUAUAUAUUUUACGCAAGAAUUUCUUUUUGUAGGAUUUAAUUUUACGUGAAAUUCACCGUAAGUUUGAUUAAUCGCGAAUGAGAGUCCAUUGUACAUUCUGCUUGUUAUUCUGCUCGUAUCGAUUUGACGAAAGAAAAAGAAAAGAAAUAUAAAGAACAACAUCGUAUCGAGAUAUCCAUCCUCGCUUUCUGUAGACGAUCCUUUUUAAUGCGAGGAGAUGUAUCCCCGCGCACGUGAUUUACCGAAGAAUGCAAGGACACGUAACAAAGAUUAGUGGCUAAUCAAGUUCCUUAUAUUCUACUGUUUCUCUUACACACACACACACACAUAAUCAUACACAUAUACACAUCGCGAGAAGAAUAAAGGACCGCAGGCUAGGAAGUAGUUUGUUCCAGAAAUCUGAGACUCGAGGAUCUAAUAAUUUGACGAUCCUUCAAAACUGCGAUCUCCCAGAGAAAGAGAGAAGGAAUUUGAAAGUUCAAAGAUCUUAGGCGAUAGAUAUUCCAACAGAGUUUAUAAAGAAAAAAAAAUACCAGAGAGAGAGAGAGAGAUAUAUAUAUAUAUAUAUAUAUAUAUAUAUAUAUAAAUAUCAAGACGUGAAGAUUUACAAAAUCCCUUAAAAUUUCAACAACCUCAAAAGUCGAAGAUUAAAGUUUCCAAGGAUCCAAGUUUUUCGCGUUAGGUAUGCAAAGUUGCUCUCAAUCAAAGAUCUCGUCUCGUCGAUGUAAAGAUCCAACAAUCGUGUAAAAGCCGCGAGAAGCUGAGGAAGCCGAUGACGAAUUAAGAAACCAGAGAAAAGACAAGAAACACGAAAAAUCGAGGAAGCUCACACACACACACACACACACACACAGAAGAAAAUCGAUCUGAGAAAAGAUCCCCGGGGAUUUUGGUAGGCGAGUGUCCUGGUUAGUGAUUCCUCCGAGAUCCUGCGAAGGGUCCUGUCAGGAGCGAAGUGUUGUUUAGCAGCCGCGCGGACAGCGAUUUACGCAAUUGUAUUAUAUCGAGCGACUAAUAUAUGAUGAUGUACGUGUAAAUAUUAAGGAUAAUUGUUAGUUAUUUACAGUUAGAUCGAUUACAAAGACGGCGCGACUCGCGACAAGGAUAAGCAGUAGCUGAGAAAAAAAGAAGAUUAUUAUGUAGCGCACUGAUGUACGUCUAGAGAAUAAAGAACGAUGAACGAGAAA